UAUAAGCAUUAGUGAGUGAAGAAAGGCCGCAGUUUGGUCAGAAAAAAGAAAAAAGCGCAGUAAAGCAAUGGGGAGAUUGAAACCGGAGAAAACUCAGAAACCUGGCCGAACCCCUAAACCCUUCGGCCCUAACAAUCCCAAAUCCCAAUCCAAGUUCAAGAAGAAGACAAACACCAAGAACACCGCCAACCGCCAAAUCAAAACCAAAACCACCUCUGUUACUGGCAACAACAAGAACAACCAACCGUCGCCGCCGGCAUCUCCGUCGCAGCAGCUUCGUUAUUUUCUUAGCCAGUUUGAGUCCGCCAAUGGUGUCCAACUCUCUUCUCUCGAAUUGGAAUCAAUUAAAGAUAGUUGUAUUUUGGAUGUCUCUCAAGAGUUGGGUCAAGAUGUAAUGAAGCUAGAAAAACAUAUAAAGGAAGCUUUUGGUGCCAAAUGGAAAGAAGAGCUUUGUGAAGGGAAGCACAUUGUAGGGAAGAUUGAAGCAGGAAGUCCUGCUGUUCUUGUUGUUGCUCCUUCAGCUUUACGAUCUAUUGAACUUUUAAGGGGCAUGCGCACAUUGACUAAAGAAUGCCAUGCUGUAAAGCUGUUUUCAAAGCACAUGAAGAUUGAUGAACAGGUAUCUUUAUUGAUGAACAGAGUUAACAUUGCUAGUGGCACUCCAAGUAGAAUCAAAAAGUUGAUUGACAUUGAAGCAUUGGGACUUUCACGUUUAUCAGUGCUUCUGGUUGAUAUUCACACAGAUGUCAAAGGCUAUUCCUUGCUUACACUUCCCCAAGUCAGGGAUGAGUUCUGGGACUUGUACAAGAACUACUUCCACCAGCAACUUGUUAAAGGCGAUCUGCGCAUCUGUCUUUAUGGUCCGAUUCCAAAUGGUAAUGAAUUUAAGGGCAAAAGUGUAGAAUUAGCUGAUGGAGAUAGAGAACAGCCAGAUUCAUAAAAAAAAAAAAUUCGAUCCAUGAUGUGCAUGUAUCCUGCAAUUUUGUUUUUAGAAAAGGUCAAGUUGCAUUAUUUUCCUUGUCACCCUUUGCAUAUGCAAAUCAAUUUUCCAUGGAUUUCACUUUCAUAGCCUGUGCUAUUAGAUUCCAUUUUCAUGUUUCUUCCAUAAGCCUCAAAGUCUGUGAUCUAAAUCAUAAUCCAAGAGAAUGUAGAUAGAAAAUUUGGGCCUGGGGUUCCGAAUUCUGGAUUGCGAACAAUUCCAUGAAUGAAACUCUGCACCUUAUUUAGUCAUAGCAGAGAGAAGUCAACUGCUCCCACUAACUAUCCUCAUCUUCAGUGGAUUCACCACCAAUUAUUAUUCUAGAAGUUGACCUAUUGGACCAUUGGUUUUCUUCAACAUUAUUUCCUUUUUCAAUUGCAGUGUUUUUGAGUUUCAAGGAGCAUUAUUAUAUAUGUUGGAUGAAGUUUGGAUGUAUUCAAGCAUAAUUUAAGCAAAAGGAAAUACAAUGCAUCUACUUUUUCCCUUUUUAA